GCGGAGGCCACGUGACUCGCCAAAGAUGGCGGCGCCCAGUGAGCUGGCGUGAAAGUUGUGGAAAGUCGGCGUCGCGGGGUUCGUGAAUCAGAACCGAGGGGGACCCGGCAGCCAUGUCGCGACUGAUCGUGAAGAACCUCCCUAAUGGGAUGAAGGAGGAGCGAUUCCGGCAGCUAUUUGCCGCCUUCGGCACACUGACCGACUGCAGCCUCAAGUUCACCAAAGAUGGCAAGUUCCGCAAGUUCGGCUUUAUAGGCUUCAAGUCGGAGGAGGAGGCCCAGGCGGCCCUGAGCCAUUUCAACCGGAGUUUUAUUGACACGUCCCGGAUCACAGUGGAAUUCUGCAAGUCCUUUGGAGACCCAACAAAACCCCGAGCCUGGAGCAAACAUGCCCAGAAGCCAGGCCAGCCCAAGCAGCCAUCGCAAGGCUCCAUUCCCUCAGACACUAAAAAAGAUGACAAGAAGAAAAAGGUGCCCAGUGACCUGGCGAAGCUGAAGGAAGAUGCCGAGUUCCAGGAGUUUCUGUCAAUUCACCAGAAGAGGACCCAGGUGGCCACGUGGGCCAACGACGCUUUGGACACUGAGCUCCCAAGAGCAAAAACCAAGCCAACAAGUGACUAUCUGAACUUUGACUCCGACUCUGACUCGGGGCAGGAGAGUGAGGAGGAGCUGGCUAGAGAGGAGCCUGAAGAGGAACAAGGCCUGCAGCCAAAGGCGGCCACACAGAGGGAGCUGUCCGACAUGGACUACCUGAAAUCCAAGAUGGUGCGGGCCGAGGAGUCCUCCGCCGACGACGAGGAUGAAGAGGACAGUGAAGAUGAGGCAGUGAACUGUGAAGAAGGCAGUGAGGCUGAGGAAGAGGACGACUCCCCUGCCUCCCCAGCCCAGCAGGAGAGUGGGAGCCGGGGAGCCGUGCCUGGGAGCCAGAGACCUCAGGACGCCACUGGCAAGGUAGAGAAGCCAGCCGGCAAGAAGGAACCCACCACCCCCUACACCGUGAAGCUCCGGGGAGCCCCGUUCAAUGUCACUGAGAAAAACGUCACAGAGUUCCUGGCGCCCCUGAAGCCAGUGGCCAUUCGGAUAGUGAGAAAUGCUCACGGGAAUAAAACAGGCUAUGUCUUCGUGGAUCUCAGCAGCGAGGACGACGUGAAGAAAGCUCUGAAGUGCAACCGGGAAUACAUGGGUGGACGUUAUAUCGAGGUCUUCAGGGAGAAGGCCCCCACGGCCCACGGUCCCCCAAAGAGCAGCUCCACACCCUGGCAGGGCCGCACGCUCGGGGAACAUGAGGAGGAGGAGGACCUGGCUGACUCUGGGAGGCUCUUCGUGCGGAACCUGUCGUACACCAGCUCCGAGGAAGACUUGGAGAAGCUGUUCUCUGCCUAUGGUCCCCUGUCAGAACUCCACUAUCCCAUCGACAGCCUGACCAAGAAGCCCAAGGGCUUUGCCUUCGUCACCUUCAUGUUCCCUGAGCACGCAGUGAAGGCCUACGCUGAGGUGGACGGGCAGGUAUUCCAGGGCAGGAUGCUCCAUGUCCUACCUUCCACCAUCAAGAAGGAAGCCAGCCAGGAAGCAGAUGCCCCCGGAUCCUCUUACAAGAAGAAGAAGGAAGCCCUGGACAAAGCCAACAGCUCCAGCUCUCACAACUGGAACACACUGUUUAUGGGACCAAAUGCCGUAGCUGACGCCAUUGCACAGAAGUACAACGCCACCAAGAGUCAAGUGUUUGACCAUGAGACCAAGGGCAGCGUGGCUGUGCGUGUGGCUCUGGGGGAGACCCAGCUGGUCCAGGAGGUCCGCAGCUUCCUUAUCGACAAUGGCGUCAGCCUGGACUCUUUCAGCCAGGCCGCAGCAGAGCGAAGUAAGACUGUGAUCCUGGCUAAGAACCUCCCAGCAGGUACGCUGGCAGCGGAGCUACAAGAGAUCUUUGGCCGCUUUGGCAGCUUGGGCCGCGUGCUACUGCCUGAAGGUGGCAUCACGGCCAUCGUAGAGUUCCUGGAGCCCCUGGAGGCCCGCAAGGCCUUCAGGCACCUGGCCUAUUCCAAGUUUCAUCAUGUCCCUCUCUACCUGGAAUGGGCUCCAAUUGGUGUCUUUGGCGCAGCCCCCCAGAAGAAAGAUUCCCAACCUGCACAGACUGCAGAGAAAGCCGAGGCAGAGCCAGAGACAGGACUCGACCCAGAAGGCGAAAAGGCCUCAGGGGAAGGAGCAGAGGCCCCCACAGGCAAGACAGAAGAGGAGGAGGAAGAGGAAGACGAGGAGGAGGAGGAAAGUGUCCCAGGAUGCACUUUGUUUAUUAAGAACCUCAACUUCAGCACCACAGAGGAGACACUGAAGGAAGUGUUUUCCAAAGUGGGGGCUGUGAAGAGCUGCACCGUGUCCAAGAAGAAGAAUAAAGCAGGAGUGCUACUUUCAAUGGGGUUUGGGUUUGUGGAAUACAAGAAGCCGGAGCAGGCCCAGAAAGCCCUCAAGCAGCUCCAGGGUCACGUCGUGGACGGCCAUAAACUGGAAGUGCGGAUCUCCGAACGGGCCACUAAGCCUGCCUUGACAUCCACUCGUAAGAAACAGGUCUCCAAGAAGCAGACGACCUCAAAGAUUCUGGUGCGGAAUAUCCCCUUCCAGGCCAACCAGAGGGAAAUCCGGGAGCUUUUCAGCACCUUUGGGGAACUGAAGACCGUGCGCCUGCCAAAGAAGAUGACGGGGACAGGCGCACACAGGGGCUUCGGCUUUGUGGACUUCGUCACCAAGCAGGACGCAAAGAAAGCCUUCAACGCGCUCUGUCACAGCACCCACUUGUAUGGCCGCAGGCUGGUUCUGGAAUGGGCAGACUCAGAGGUGACGGUGCAGGCCCUGCGGAGGAAGACAGCCAGGCACUUCCAAGAGCCCCCGAAGAAAAAGCGGUCUGCGGUGUUGGAUGGGAUCCUGGAGCAGCUGGAAGAUGGGGACGACGAUGGGGACAGUGAGCACGCUCUCCAGCUGUGAGCUAGCACCGCCAGGGUGUGUGGCUCCGGGCCCCUGGGGCCAGGCAGGGCUCGGCCGGAGGUCUCCCACGGCUCAGGGUCAAGGGAGACAAAAGCCUGUACCUGGAUGCGAGAACAUGGGUUCUGCAAACUCCUCACCGGUAACGUGUUCAGCAGCUGCUGCCCGGGCACCUGCACUGGGUAACCCACGUGAGGUGGCUCCUUAUGGGGACACAGACCUGGCGUCCUCCUCUGAUCUGGUGCUCUCCCAACACACACCUGGCUCCUUGUCCCCGAGGAGCAGAGACUCUGGGAUGGAUGACGGUGCACACACAGCCAGCGUAGAGUCCAUGGAAGGAGCAAGCUGAUGAUACCUGGGAGGGGACUCGCAGCUCAGCCCUGUUCGCCAGCCGCCCAGGCCCCAACCAGCCAUGCUCCUGCAGCCAUCUUGCCCUCUGCAGGACUGCUGGCCAAAGGAUGGAGCUAGGGACUCCAGCUCAUCACCCUGGGCCCUUCCCAGACCUCCUGAAGCAUCACAUUCCAAGCCCCGAUGCCAGGCUUGCAGGCUGAGCUGUGUGCCAUCACCACAGCAUCUCAAGGCGGAGGCCCUGGGAGAGCUAUCAGGGCCUCACCCCGAGCCAGAGGCAUCGCAAGCUCAUCUUUGGCUGGGUACCCUAGUACAGCCUCUCCGUGAAUGUCGAUGAGCCAACAGCCAGAUGAGGACAUGGCAUCAAUCAGGGAGCCGGAGCCACGGCCCUUUAACCGCUGUCCAGCCCCAGCACCGCCACAUCCGAGCGUGCAGCUUAAGACCCACAUCAUUGUGAGUUCAGUGCAGGUGACUGGCAUGGUGGCCUCGGCCAGCCACACCGUGUUCAGCCAUCCAACCCAGGAAGACCUGAGAAGACUCUCAUCCCACUUCUGAGCUGUCCUUACCACGGGCUGUGGGUGCUGGACUGGACUCUGAGCAAGGGCGCCAGGCCUUCCGACUUUGUGUGAGAAUCUCGGCCUGUGCGGUUUUGCGGGGAAUGAGGUCCUUCUUUCCAGAGUGGUCUGUACCAAAGCUGGGACCUCACCCUGUGGGUGGGACAGGCACUUUGUUACAGUCCGAGGGCACUGAGAAUUAAGCAAUAAAAGUCAGAGCCUAGAGUGGCUCAGCUCCCUCUACCACACAUCUCAGAUGUCACCCUGCACCAGCCUCCACCACUGGCGCUGCACAGAGGGGUCACAUUGAUGCUUGCCACGCCAAGGCUGGACCGUCAGGAACCAUGGCCCAUGUCGCUAUGGGUCAUUAAAAGACAGGAUGGGAGCCGGGCGGUGGUGGCGCACGCCUUUAAUCCCAGCACUCGGGAGGCAGAGCCAGGCGGAUCUCUGUGAGUUCGAGGCCAGCCUGGUCUCCAAAGCGAGUUCCAGGAAAGGCGCAAAGCUACACAGAGAAACCCUGUCUCGAAAAACCAAAAAAAAAAAAAAAAAGACAAGAUGGGAAUUUUCCCUGCCCCACCAUUGAAGGUGUGCCCACAUGUCACAGAUAGCCUAGGCAGAAAGCUGCAGUCUCUGUCACCAACAUAAACUUCCCAAAACAGGGUCCACAGGGACCUGGGCACCUAUGCUUGGCCAGCCUGGCCUCUGUGACAGUGACCCUCUGAGUCCUGGAGCUCAGCAGGCAACUUUUGAGUCCUCCAGCCUCCUGAGUUCAGGUGCCCAGCACCCAUGCAGAAGCCAGACAAGGUGGUGUACACCUGUCAUCCCUGAUUUUAUGGGGUAGAGACAGGCGGGUCAGUAGGGCUUGAUGGACAGCCAGCCUAGCCAAUCAGUGAACUCCAGGUUGAGUAAGAGACCCGAGUCAAAAAAAAAAAAAAAAAUGGUGGGCAGGAUUAAGGAAGACACAGUGAACCUCUGACCUCCCUACAUCCCCCCCACCACCACACACACACACACACACACACACACACACAAGUCAAAAAAAAAAAAUGGUGGACAGGAUUAAGGAAGACACAGUGAACCUCUGACCUCCCUACAUCCCCCCCACCGCCACACACACACACACACACACACACACACACACACACACACACACACGAGCUUGUGGGAGGCCAGUGCCCAGCACAGCUGGAGAUCCCAGAAGAGGUGAGUGGAACAAGUCUGGGACCUCACUGAGCCUCACCAGACUGGAGUCUGGGGGUCCAGCAAGGGCCUGGAGGAGAUGGUUUCUGGCCAGCAGCCCAGGGGCAGGAGACUAGACUCAUCCCCCACACUGUGGUUCCUCACGCAGAGGCAGGCUCUGGUGGUUGGGACAUGAAUACCCUCAUGUUGCUGUCUGUCCCUAGGCCUUAGAGUCCUUCCAGGAGCCCAGCUGGGAUUCCUGGGCCUGCAGGGAAGGGAGAUCCAGGAAGCGGAGUGGAAUCUGAGCCAGCGUGGAGUUCUGAGAUGGAGCGUGCCACUGCCCUGAGCACAGGUUCCGACACCAGCACCCUGACUCUGGAAGGGCGCCAGCAUGUUGUCACACUCCAGUAAGGGACAGACAUCAAACCAGCCAUCCUAUAGCGGAUGGGGACAUGCCAGAAGCUGGAGAGAAGAGUCAACAGUACCUGACCCUCAUUCAUGCGUCAGUCAUCAAACCCAUCCCGGACCUGAGGACAAACCCAGGUGCCUCCGUGUCUUUCUUGAGACAUGGCAUUCCUUGCUGGAUGGACUCCAGAGGCUGUCCCAGGCCUUGAGGUGCACACACACACGGUGCUGGAGAGAUGAUUCAGCAAUUAAAAGAGUGUGCAGCUCUUCCAGGGGACUCAAGUUCGAUUCCCAGCAGCCUCCUGAAAUGAGCCACACUCAUAACUGUCUACAGCUCCAGCUGCGGAGGAUCCGGUGCCCUCUUCUGGCUUCCACCGGCCCUUGUACUCGCGUGGCACACAAAAAGAGACACAUCAAUAAAAAUAAGUAUUUUAAGAGA